GUGACGAAUGACGAUUUACGAAUUUUCAUAAUUUGAAUAUUCGAGUUUCUAUUUUUAAAAUUGCGAAUUAAUUUUAUUGUUUCAAUUUGUUUCCUAUUUUUAUUUGAAAGUUGUUUUAUGAAGUAAUCUUUUUCUUAAAUACAUUUAAUUUUUUAUUCGUUAUAUUAUUAGCCAUUCUCUCAUUCAUAAACUGAUUAUUUGUUAUAAUGGAUCCCAUUGCUAUUUUGCAAAAUAGAAUUGAACAAUUGGAAGCUAAAUUGGGCUUAGCCUCAGACAUAGUGAACGAAGGCCAACAAGGAGACUCCGCAACUGCAAAUUUAAUGAACGCAGCUCAAUCUAUAAACAAUGCUAUUGCUGGACAUGAGAGGUUGUCAAAAAUCCAUGAUAUGGCCAAUGAAUUGAACAACUACACCGACCCAAAUUUGAUUGAAAAUAUGCAGCAAAAUAACAUGAAAAUGCAAGAAAUAGCUGCUGCAGAGCCAAUAAUAAAGCACCAUUGCCAUUGUAUGCAUAAAUGUGGACAGGGUGCACCAGUUUUGGAGUCAGAACCAUUACAACAAGUCCCACAAAUGCAAGAAACAGUUAACCAAAUGCAUGUUGCAGCUGCCGAAGUAAAGACGGAAGCUGAUGUGGUAUCCCAGGGUAUUCAAGAGCUUGCAGAGACAUGUGGAGCUGCUGCUGCAAAUGCUUCGGAACAAUUAACUGAAGUUGCACAGAAAGUUGAACAACUUGAAGAGAAGAAGUUUCCAAGGAGAAGAAAUGGGUUGGAUUGAAGUGUUGUGCUUUGUUUUUGAGAUUUAUUUCGUUGGCAUGAAGUAUAAUGUAAAAUUUUCAAUAUUAUAACAAUUUAAUUAUU